AUGGGUUGUGCUGUAAGUACAACAGGUGAUAAGGAAGCCACAGAAAGGUCGAAAAAGAUUGAUCGAGACCUUAGGGCCGAUGGCGAAAGAGCCGCGAGCGAAGCGAAGCUGCUACUUCUAGGCGCCGGCGAAUCGGGAAAAAGCACAAUUGUAAAGCAAAUGAAAAUUAUCCACGAAACUGGCUAUUCCAAAGAAGAAUGUGAACAAUAUCGCCCUGUCGUUUACAGUAAUACUAUUCAAAGUCUAAUGACUAUCAUAAGUGCAAUGGGUCAAUUAAGAAUCGAUUUUGCCGAUCCCAGCAGAGCUGAUGUCGCCCGUCACUUCUUCACUUAUGCUAGUGCAGCAGAAGAAGGUGAACUGACCCCAGAACUAGUUCUAUUAAUGAAAAAACUAUGGGCAGACCCUGGGGUGCAGUUAUGUUUCGCUAGAUCCAGGGAAUAUCAAUUAAAUGACUCAGCAGGGUACUACUUAAAUGCACUUGACCGUAUUUCCCAACCAAACUAUGUACCAACACAGCAGGAUGUAUUGAGAACCAGAGUUAAAACAACAGGAAUUGUAGAGACACAUUUCUCAUUUAAAGGAUUGCAUUUUAAGAUGUUUGAUGUUGGAGGACAAAGAUCUGAGAGAAAGAAGUGGAUUCACUGUUUUGAAGGAGUUACAGCAAUUAUAUUCUGUGUAGCUCUCUCUGGGUAUGACCUGGUUCUUGCUGAAGAUGAGGAAAUGAAUAGAAUGAUAGAGUCAAUGAAACUAUUCGAUUCCAUUUGUAAUAGCAAAUGGUUCGUUUCCACGUCGAUUAUACUGUUCCUAAAUAAAAAAGAUCUAUUCGAACAAAAAAUUACCAGAAGCCCACUGACUAUAUGCUUCCCAGAAUAUACGGGGCCGAACACAUACGAGGAUGCGUCAGCUUAUAUCCAAAUGAAGUUUGAAGAUUUGAACAAAAGAAAAGAUCAAAAAGAGAUCUACACCCAUUUUACAUGUGCCACUGAUACGACAAAUAUCCAAUUCGUUUUUGACGCAGUCACCGACGUUAUCAUAAAAAAUAACUUAAAAGACUGCGGCCUUUUAAUGUAAUGUCAGUUUUCUCUCUCUCUCUCUCACACACACACGCUCUUCAUAAAAUAAUUCGUUUAUAUGUUGCAUAAGCUGUAGUAAUACAAACAAACGGCUAAUUUUUAAAACAAACUUGAUACAAAUCAUGUUUACAUGUCAUAUUUACAAACAUUUGAAUGUAAUAACAAUAACAGCUUUUUAUACACUACGAAUUUACACAUCGCGUUAUAGCCCAUGACUUUUUCGUGAUAUAUUUAUUUUUAUACAAUGCUGAAUCUCCUAGCCAAAUAUAUUUAAAGUCAUUCCAAUAUGUCACGGAACUUUUAAUACGUUUUCAUCGAAGGCAAAAACUUUUUCAACGAUAUUUUAUUGAUUACAAUACGUCACUGCCAAAAAUCUUCAUGAAAAAAGGUCUCGAUCAUGUUCAGGGAGAGACAAAUUUUAGGCCUUAAGUUUCGAAUAUACAACGUACAAAAUGCACCCUGUUGACAUUUUGCAGAAUCUCUAGGCAAUUCGUUAAUUUCGUAAACGUUUUAGAUCUUUACUGUAAUGUAUUUAUUGCGAAGAUAGGUAAUAAUUUUUUUCGUUAGAAAAUUAUUUUCUUUGUUUGGUAAAUAAGCAAUUUUUGUUUUCGUCGAAUUAUAAUGUUUGAAAAUUAGCAACGAGGUGAUUUAAUCGUGAAAAAGGACGGACCAAUUUGUGUGGUUGCAAAGAAAAAAAGAAAAAAAUAAAUACUAGUAAUCUCAAGAAGUAUUUAAUGGAAGUAUUAACGUUGCAUUUAUUUUUGACGUAACUAGCAAGUCUGAAGUGAAUUUUUUCACUCGAAAUAAACUAAUUAAAACGUAAACUUGUCUUAAAACGUACAGUAUUUAAAAUUUUCAAGUAAAUAAUAAGCAGCUAUGUUAUAUUACUAUUACUAAAUGCAUAAUAAUAAUAAUAAUAAUAAUAUGAUUGAUGUUAAUCGUUACAAUUUUUAGAUGUUUUCUAAACAUUAAAUGUAUGUAUGCGUUUUUUCAAAACUUGGUAAUCUAUAUGCAAUGCCGAAUAGCAAAAAAAAAAAA